CUCUGCACGUCAGGCCAGUUUGCAUGGCUUCAUCCUAAAGAUCAAGACCUAUAUGGUGUGGGAAUGGGACGUAUCUGAGUGCUUCCGAAUUUACCUCGCUUUGGGAUGCGAGAAAUAGCCGUUAACGGUCGUUUUACAGUCUGAACCAGGUGCACUGUGGGUAAAAAGUUGCGGUGUGUCAUUUUCGGCGAUGCUUUUAUGCGAAGACAACCCUGAGUGAUUCUGAUGAGCCGGAAAUUUGUAGAAAAGGAGACUUACAUUGAGGACAGAUUGGAUGCAUUUAUCACCAGAUACGAUGAACAUGGUGGAUGAUGGCUGCCUCUCAACGGACAACUACCAUGAUCUGGGUAAAGGCGGCGCUCCGGGGAUGGGAGGCCGCGUGCACAGCAUCGACGUGAUUCUGGGCUUCAAUAAGGACCAGGAUCCUCUUCUCAACCCGGUCGAACCUGUCGGGACACUCAAAGUGGAUGGAGCAGAUCUGGAGAAACAAGUGACCUCUGACCCCUACGGCCACCUGCAAAGUCUUCCGGAUAAUUCCCAGCAGUCAGCUGUGUAUCACGAUACUGGACUUUACUCCACAGAGAAGUGCGACGCAGAUUUGGGAGAUCCACGGAGCAAUGUGGAGAGCGACAGUCGCUCACCAGACGCUCCUGAUGAGGAUCAACCUAAAAAGAAACACAGACGCAACAGAACCACCUUCACCACCUAUCAGUUACACGAGCUGGAGCGCGCCUUUGAGAAGUCCCACUACCCGGAUGUGUACAGCCGAGAAGAGCUGGCGAUGAAAGUCAACCUCCCAGAAGUUCGUGUUCAGGUUUGGUUCCAGAAUCGACGUGCAAAAUGGCGGCGACAGGAAAAAAUGGACUCGGGAAGCAUGAAGCUCCAUGACUCGCCAAUGCUGUCCUUCAACCGAGCGGCCAUGGCGCCCAACGUUGGGCCGAUGUCUAACUCUCUUCCUCUGGACCCCUGGUUGUCCAGUGCCACUCCCAUGCACAGCAUCCCAGGCUUCAUGGGACCCGGCCAAAGCCUCCAGCCGUCCUACACGGGCCACCCUGGCUUCCUGAACACUUCUCCAGGCAUGGUGCAGGGAAUGCAACCCAUGCCACCACCUCCUUACCAGUGUCCAUUUAAUGACAAAUACCCAGAUGUGGACCACGGCUCUAGCAUCGCAGCUUUGAGGAUGAAGGCCAAGGAGCACAUUCAGUCCAUGGACAAAACCUGGCAACCCAUGUAAUGGGGAGCCAGUGUUGGGGGAUCUCAUAGACAUUUGGAUGCAUUUAAAAAAAAAUGACUAGCAUCAUUAGGGUUCACCCGAGUUUGAUUUGAAGGACCUUUGAGAAUAUUCUCUUAACACAACAUACUUGGAUUUACGCCGAUGGUCAAACCUGCUUGGUGCAUUGCUUUCAUUUUGGCAACGAACAAGGUUGCCAAAUCUGCACGGAAUGGGGCUAUUUCUGCUCUGGGUUGUUUUUUAGUCCACAGUUUAAAGCGAUCUCGUCCACCCCGGAAUGGAAUUAGACAAUAAAUUGGGCUGUGUUUAUGUGCAGACUCAGACAAAGCACAGACUGUUUGGGAUCGUGGCAUCUGAAGCAAGGCGUUUCUUACUUCUACAAAUGUCGAGCUCCUCUGGUUUCCAGUCGGUGGCAUGCUUCUCUGCUCCUCCGGGUCGAAGAGUCACAAUAACAAGUUUGGGUCAUUUAACAGGAGAACGCAGCUCAGGACAACUGAUACCUCAAUGCCACGUUCAGAGGUUACAUUCAUGUUCUACCAUCUAGACAUGAGAAAUGAUUUAAGAAAUCACUUGACUUUGUUUAAAGGAAAUGACUUCGAUCAAACAAACUUAAACCGAGAUACAGAAUGAUUUUAGAAUUGUAACUUUAAAUGAGUAUUUGCAUUAUCAUGUUUCUAAUUCAAUAGCACAUGUUUCACCCGUGCCACAUUCCUGUUUGCCAUUCAUCAUGAUCAUAUAGUCAUAUAAAAUGAGUCUGAGGUUUAACGUUUCAGUGUCUGUGGGGGCUGUUUCAAACACUGAUGGGCAAAUUCAAAAAUGGUGAAUGUUUAUGAAGAAAGUUUGUUAUAUUUCACCCCAAAAACAAGAGGAUUUUUGGAAUUGAAAAUAUCUUCAGUGUUUAAAUCAAAGUGUCACAGCUUACCCCAAAUCACACAUCCACAGCCAACAAACAAACACUGAAUAGUGAUUCGGUCCAGGAGUUCAAUUCACUUCAAUUCAAUUCGAGUUUAUUUGCCACUUGUCCACUUUAAGCAAUGCUAAGAGAUCCUGAAACGAAGUAAGUGCAAACAAAAAGAAAAGAAAAACAGGGCAUGUAUGAUAUCCACAUCUGCUUAGCAGAAGCGUUUGCAAUGCACUUGAAAAGUAUUUUGGACAGACGUCACACUAAAAAUUGAUUUGUCCUUGCAUUAGAUAAAAAAAUAUCAAAGCAAAUGACAUUUAUGUUAAAUAAAGAUAGUUGAGUACACUUUUCCAGCAAACAAUUUGACAGAAACAAGUGAUAAAAUGAGAGAUCUAGAAAAAAUGUAGACUAAAAAGCAGACAAUUGAUCUAUUGAAUGACAUUCACAAAUACUGUCUAAGGACUUGUCAUCAGCACAGAAGCUUUGUGAGGUCAUUAGCGCAUGCUGUCGUAGCCGGUGUGUGUGUGUGUGUGUGUGAGGACGCAGAACGAGCGGCUCCCCGCCGGGACUCUUCAUUGUUUAAGAUUAUCGAUCGCCCCUCUGCUCUGAAUUAACGGGCGUCCCAGCCAGGUGUCAGAACUGCUGCAUGUCAUUUAAAUGUGCAACACUGUCCCUCCAAACAAACUGUGUCUUAUCAUUAUCCUUCUCAGUUCUAGCCGGUGGUAUCAUGAUAUUCUGAAGACUCUGUGGGCUCUGUAACUAUGCAAAGAGGGGAAAAAAAUAUUAUACACAUUUUUUAUGCACUGUGAUGAUGCAAAUGGUACAAAACUAAAUUGUUUCUACAGUAUGUGUGACGUUUUGUUUAUUUUGUAGGUGUGUAUUCAAGAGUGUUAUUAAUAAAAUAGAGUUCUUAUUAAAGCACGGUUUAUGGAUUUCUGUGAACAGCGAUGAAGCCAAAGAAGAUAGUAUUUUUUUUUAAAGACGUGUACACUUAGACCUAGAGCUGGUUUCUGUCACAGUCGUUGCAGCUUUAUCAGUGCAUGCAUAUAAAUUGUCUUUAUGUUUGUUACAGUGUUUUGGGGGCGGGACAUUUGAAUGUUAUUAAAUGUCUUUAGAAUUUUCCUUUUA